AACAUGGCGCCGGAAGAAAGAAUCACACCGAGCCGCGAAAACUGCGUUUAUACCCAAUGUUACUGUGAGGAAAACGUUUGGAAACUCUGUGAGUUCAUCAGAACAGAGAGAACCGCACCGCUGGAACACGUCUUUGUGGUUUUCAUCUCUAAUGAGAACAGAACGGUUCCUCUGUGGAAACAGAAGUCGGGACAUGGAGACCAGCCAGUGAUCUGGGACUACCACGUGGUUCUGCUGCAGGCCGACGGUCCGGAGAACUCUCUGAUCUAUGAUCUGGACUCUGUGAUGUCAUUUCCCUGCAACCUGAAACUGUACGCUGCCCACGCACUGCGCUCCGACCGCGGCAUCAAACCUGCGUACCACAGGCUGCUGCGUGUCGUACCUGCGGAGUCGUACCUGAGGAACUUCGCCUCUGAUCGUUCUCACAUGAGGAACCCUGACGGUUCCUGGAAGAUGCCCCCCCCCCUGUACCCCCCCAUCCACACCGCAGAGUGUCAGAUGAACCUCGAUGACUUCAUCAGCAUGGACGCCGCCGGCUGGGGAAGCGUCUACCGGCUGCACCACUUCCUGUCCCGCUACGCCUCCUCUUCAUCAUCAUCAUCACCAGCAGCUGUGACAUCAUCGUAGCUGUGACGUCAUCGUAGCUGUGACGUCAUCGGAGCUGUGACGUCAUCGGAGCUGUGACGUCAUCGGAGCUGUGACAUCAUCGGAGUUGUGACAUCAUCGGAGCUUUGACAUCAUCGGAGCUGUGACAUCAUCGGAGCUGUGACAUCAUCGGAGCUGUGACAUCAUCGGAGCAGUGAUGGCAGUUUCCUGUUCAAACAUUUCAACAUAAAAGAUUCAAAAUUAUAAUUAAUGUCAAACAUUUAUCGAGCUCGUUAAGAACAUGUAACCUUCCUCCUCCUCCUCCUCCUCCUCCUCCUCCUCCUCCUCUUCCUCCUCCUCCUCCUCCUCCUCUUCUUCCUCCUCCUCCUCCUGCUCCUCUUCUUCCUCCUCCUCCUCCUCCUCCUCCUCCUCCUCCUCCUCCUCCUCUUCUUCCUCCUCCUCCUCCUCCUCCUCCUCCUCUUCUUCCUCCUCCUCUUCCUCCUCCUCCUCCUCUU